AUGUUCGCCUCCCAGCUUCUCCUGCAAGCUGCAGUGUUGGGACUCACAGUCCUUCAGGCCCUUGCCUCCAAUACCUUCACUGCAGCUGUCUAUGAGCAUGCAGUCAUCCUGCCAGAUGCCACUGACAAGCCUGUUUCUCCUGAAGAGGCUUUGGUCCUGAUGAACAAAAACAUGGAUGUCUUGGAAGAGGCCGUCAAGGCAGCUGCCCAGCAGGGUGCCCACAUCAUUGUGACUCCUGAAGAUGGCAUCUAUGGCUGGCUUUUCAGCAGAGAAACCAUCUACCCCUACCUGGAGGAUAUCCCUGACCCAGCAGUGAACUGGAUUCCUUGCACUGACCCUACAAGAUUUGCUCCUGCUCCAGUGCAGGAACGACUCAGCUGCAUGGCCAGGAGGAACUCCAUCUAUGUGGCUGCAAACAUUGGGGACAAGAAGCUCUGUAACUCCACUGAUCCCAGCUGCCCCAGCGAUGGUCGCUAUCAAUACAACACCGAUGUGGUCUUUGAUCCAGAGGGGAAACUGGUGGCUCGUUACCACAAGUACAACCUCUUUAGAGGAGAAACUCAGUUUGAUUACCCAAAAGAGCCAGAAGUUGUCACCUUUGAGACUCCCUUUGGCAAGUUCGGCAUUUUCACUUGCUUUGACAUCCUUUUCCAUGAGCCUGCUGUGGUCCUGGUGAGCAAGUCACAGGUGGACACUGUGCUCUUCCCAACGGCUUGGAUGAAUGUCCUGCCAUUUCUGACUGCAGUUGAGUUUCACUCUGCCUGGGCUAUGGGCAUGGGUGUCAAUUUGCUUUCAGCAAAUACUCACAACAUUGGCAUGGCAAUGACAGGCAGUGGGCUGUUCACACCAGAGGGACCUGCCACCUACCACUACAACAGCGACACUGAGAAGGGACAACUCCUGAUAGCAGAGCUGAGUGCACAGCCCCGUCUUUCCCCCACCUACCCUCCUGCUGUCAACUGGAGCUUGUAUGCCACAAGCAUUGAGAAGUUUCCCGGAGGAAAUGACACUUUUCCUGGAGCUGUCCGACGGGAUGAGUUCACAUUCAGUCACCUCAGACACAAAGGUGGAAAUUACACUGUUUGCCAAGGAGACCUCUGCUGUCAUUUGGUUUAUCGGAUGUCAAACCAGAGCAAAGAUGAAGUUUAUGUCCUGGGUGCAUUUGAUGGACUUCAUGGUUCUGUCAUUAAAUACCACUGGCAGAUCUGCACACUCCUCAAGUGCAAGAGCACCGACCUGAACACGUGUGGGCAGCCAGUGGAGACAGCUCAGACCAAGUUUGAGAUGUUCUCCCUCAGUGGCACAUUUGGCACCAACUAUGUCUUUCCAGAAGUCCUGUACAGUGGGGUGCAGCUGGCACCUGGGGAGUUUGAGGUACUCCAUGAUGGACGUCUGAGAAGUAAGCACCGCACAUCAAAACCACUCCUCACAGCAACACUUUUUGGAAGGCUUUAUGAAAAGGACCUGCCACAUCCUCUGCGAAGGUCCAGGACACAUUAA